CAGCAAUCAGGGUUCUUUCGGGUGUGCGACCUUUGUGCAAGCUUGCUCGCCUCAGGCGGGUGUGGUGAUGCGUUCGGUGUUCGAGAGAACUGACGUAGUAAUCGUAUCCGUCGACCGGUCGUCUGCGAGCGGGGCUGGCUGACUGCAUUGGCUCGUUUCCAUGAUACCCUAGACCGUGAAGCGGUCGCGUGAUUCGUCGCCUGCUGCGUCUUCUUUCUCUCUCUGUGUUCCUUGCUGGCUGAUGGCCGUGCUGUCAUCGGGGACGGCUUGUGGGGAGUGAGUGAGCGUUGGGCACGAGGGAGGGGCAAGCAGGGAGGAGAGAGCAUGCGAAAAGUAUUACUGCUAAGCAAGGGAAAGAAAUCGAUAUAGCACGGUGGACAAAGAGGAUACCGACGUGGCAAGAGAAGCCCGCUCACUCUCUCAUCUCUCUUCGUCUACAGUGAAUGAGGUCGACUUCUCGUAGUGAAAAAAAGAGCUUGACUCACGCGGGGUGUCGCAAUUUGUAAUUGUAUUGCUGCGGGAUUGCUCGCCCUGCGUGUCUGCAUGCCAUCACGCGCUCCCCGUGUUCGCUUCUGCUUCUAGAACGGAGGAAGCGGGGAGAGAAGACCCUACGCCCCUUCGAGAAGGGGAAGACGUAGCGGCGGCGGAGCUCAAGGAACAGACGAUGUCGCACAAACGGCAUCGAAUCUUCUUGAAAAGCGGGGUAACCGGGGAUGUAACAGAGCAUGUUCUUGAGAAUCACUUCAGGAGGUACGGGGUGGUGACGGACGUGUACAUCCCCAAGGAUCCUGUCUCCAAACAGUCGAGAGGUUUUGGUUUCGUGACCUUCACCAAGGAAGAAGCUAUCAAUGUUGCGCUCGAGAUGCCUGUACACCGGAUUCAGGGAAGAGAUAUUCCAGUCGGCCGAGCGGACCCUCGCCCUCCUGACCGCGGCGGUAAAGAUGACAGACACUACAGAUCAGAGUACGGCCGAAGUCGUGGGCAUCCUAUGGGCAUGUCGAACGGAGGGCAUAGUGGACUGCCUCCCUUCCGGGCUCCUAACGACUAUCUAGCGCUUCCUCCCCCACCGGAGGUGAUACCACUGCCCCACAUGCCGCCAGUUCCCACGUAUUUCCAGCCUUCUUUCAGUGAAUUGGAUGUGCCCCAUUCAGGUUUCCACAAUAAUGCGGGCGAGUUUACCAGCUACGGCCCGCCGCCUCAAGUCGGAGGGGUACCGCCGCUUACUGUCGAUUCUAAGUUCUUUAGGAUCUUCGUUGGGGGAGUGCCUGACGCGAUCACUGAGAGCGAUAUGAAGGCGCACUUCGAAAGGUAUGGGCAGGUGAAAGAUGUCUAUUUUCCAACAGACAGAGUAUCAGGAAGGCGGAGAGGGUUUUGCUAUGUCCGCUUUACUACCAUGCACUCAGCCGAGGCGGCUGCAGCUAGAAGCCCAAGGACUAUAUCAGGACAUGAUAUUGGCGAGAUAAAGGUGGCACAGCCAAGGCCACCUGAAAAUGGCCCACUGCCCCUGGCGCUUCCUGCAUCUCAAGGGAUGCCCGGGGAGGGGAUGGGCAGACCGUUCAGAGGAGAUGGGUUGAUUGUCCGGGGCCCUGAAAUGUUUGUGGGUCCGCGGCCUAUACGAGAGCCGAGGAAUCCAGUUUCGAGAUACCAUCCAUACUAGAUGGAAUGAGGCAAAUGCUUGCUGCUGAAGCCCCAUUUGUGUUUCUUUCUCUUGUCAGAUAGAUCUAGUAGGGGAGAGGGUCGGGGUUGAGUGAGGAGCGAACCAAUGCCAAUAUGCAGGAGUGCGAUUGUGUGGGUGGGGUGUAGGGGAUGUCCGUUGUGCCUUGUUAGCUGUGUUACCCUCUGGAAGAGUUGAUGGCUUUGGUCUCGACCAGUUAGGAAAGAAAGGCAUGGGUGAGAGUCAUGCUUGUGAAAGGCCGUUUGUAAGAUUUGGGUGCACAGAGAUGGGCGGGUAGACUCGGAAUUGGGUAUGGUCAUCUCCUUCGGCUGAUGUCUGUGCGCGAGAGACUUGGGACGAGGAGAUUUCGUUGGGGGGUGGUGCUGAUGUAUUGUGGAACAAUAUGAGGCAGGGUAUACUCGGAAUUGGGUAUGGUCAUCUCCCUUGCCUGAUGUCUGUGCGUGAGAGACUCCGGUCGAGGAGAUUUCGUUGGGGGUGGUGCUGAUGUAUUGUGGAACAAUAUGAGGCAGGAACACUAGAGAGCGUGUUGGCGAGGGUGACGUAGUUGAUGGGAGAGGCACAGGGAACUGAGGGAUGGGGUUGACCCGUGGAUGGACAAAGGGAGUUGCGUGGCUAGGAGGAUGGUGCUCACACAUUGUGAAAUGAAAUGGGGAAAGAGGAGCGCUCGAGAGGGGUGAUUUGGGGAGAGAAAAGAAAGCGAGUGGGCAGAAGAGGGCCAUGGAAGGGAACGGCUGCGAGAACGGGAAUAGACUGUUGGAACGUGUUUUAUCCACCAGACGUCCUUGGUUUGUUGGAAAAUUUAUUCGAACAGACUAGAGCUCUGGCCGGAGAUGCCUUGGCUUGGUCCGUCAUGAGGCUGCACGUGGUAGCCAGCAAAGGGCUUUGAUGUGAGGGAUGCAAGACACAUCCAGAGGAAGAGGCGUUGGGAGGCAGUUGAGACAAGUUUUGGCACAUGAUCUGAAAUCGAGUUCACCGAGCGAGCGAAGUCCAUGCAGUUUUUAUGGUGAUUGAGCAUGCUUGAAGGCACUCAAAGGGUGGUUGAAGGCUGUUGCGCCAUAGAGUGGGCGGGGAAAGCUGAUUGGCCCAUCUCAGCCUCUGGGUUUUGCCAGUUGGACUCCUAUCAACUUUGUUGCCUAUCCUCGCGUCAGCUGUUCCAUCAUUCAAGGUUGAUCCUUGAACCCGACAUUGUACCAUUACUCACCCAUUCCCCAUCCUCCUCUUCUUGACUUGCCGUGCUCGUCUGUUCCGCAUGUUGGCUGGUUCAAAUUUUAUUGCUAGCCUGGGCGUUAGUUCGUUCCAUCAUGCAUCUCAAAUUGCUCGAGCAUCAAUGGCACAGCGAUCAACUGCAGUCGAGGCACAUGGUUAUGAUAGCCUUGUCCUCUGGCAUUUAUCUCCCAAACAACACCGCCCGUUUACCGUCUAGCACCCGUUUACCGUCUAGCACCUUCAUAUCUUUGAAUGUUGAACACAUUCAUUCACUGAAUGCUGUCUGUAUUUCCUGCCUCUUGACUUUGAGACUGUUGCAAUAAUGCCUGUUUCUUCAGCCAACACUUGGUGCUCCGUUGUGCUUAAUACUAUAACUUAACAUAGCAUUCCUGAUACGGGGGGUUAUUGGUAGUGAUGCACUCCUUGGUGUCCAGUUUGACCAACGGGCCUCCAUACCUUGCCUUUGCUCAUGUCAGGCUUAUGUCUUUUGCUCGGAAGGUGACUUCUCUCUCUUCUGUCCGUCGCGCUACCUGUUGAGGUGAUAGCAUGUUUCUUGUGCUUCCUUAGGACUGAUUCGCUUGUGUCCAAUCCCUUUCUCUGGGCAUUGACUAUCAAUGCGUUUGGGGGACCGAGCAGUUGGCGAUCUUGACAUACGUGUAGGUGUCGGAAAGCUGUUUCCCAGCUUACAAUCUUGAGAUGGCGGGGUUCGACUAAGACAGUAUUUGACAGAGGGAAGGCAUCCAGUCGAAUGGCAGCCGCCGCGAACUGUUCGUAGUGGUGCCAGUGUUGCUUACAUGGCAGCCCGCACACACUGUUGGAAAGAAAGGCAAUGACAUUGCUAGGUUUGAGUUGGGAUGGUGGGAGGGAUGCCGCCAGUCUGGUUUGAAAAUGGAUGGUCGGUGGAGAGACGGAAUUACAGCUACCGUGAUCUCGAGUUCCGCGUAGAGCGAGACGAGGACAGACUGGUGGUCGAGGGAGUUCUGAGGAGCUGCCUGCCAAUGGGGGAUGGAGGAGGUUGCUUACGCACUUGCAUGCGGAGCAAAAGCUGUCUUGUGGAAUGCCCAAGACAGAGCGCCACUGUUUCCUCAGUUCUGGCGUUGUAGACGGAGUCCCUUUUACAAAAAGGUCCAGAAUAUUUACUGUAGCGGAAAGCCAAUUGAAGGUGACACCAGAGAUGGGGCAGACUGAAGGGGUUGGCUGUGAAGUAUGAACAGAUCAUGAACCACAGAAAAAAAAAUUGUCUACUGCCCGGGGAUCAAGUCUCAGUCUUGAGGAGGUCUUUGGUCUGCUUUGGUCGACUGCGAACUGCGGGAAUGAGACGGAAGGCCCCCACUGCUCGACGGAUUGCAGUACAGGUCCUGCUACUUUUUAUGGUGGCGCCUUCCUCACGACUGAGCUUUGUUUGCUGCUCCUGCCUAUCUCGCCACGACUGUGUCAGUUACAAGAUCUUGGACAGACCAAUUGCUUUCUUCGUUGUGGCAGACAUUUUCUCUGCGGGUGUUAGCGUAUCAUACUUCUGAUGGCUUUAUUGCCCUCUCGUUCGGUCAACUGGCUGGCCUACUGGGUUUCCUCCAGGCUCUUGUGUCUUGCUACUUUGCCAGAAUUGGGGAAAAAAAAGGAAAAUGUCUCUGACACUCUUCGUUGUGCUUUCUCUCUUGUUCCUCGUGUUCUUGCUGUUGUGUCCCGAUCGAACCUGUGCAUGGUAUUUAAUAGGAAAUUGAACAAAUGGCUGUUUGUGUU